UGCGUAAACGCGUUGGUGCGUCUCCCUACUGCUCUGUGAAGUGACAUUUCCCCGGUGGAGCGGCAUGUCGCCGGCGGUGCGGAGUAUUCUCACACAGUGAAGCACCCCGGGGAGACGGGGCUGUUGCCAAAGCGCUGAGUGCACAACAUACAGGAACUGCGACGGUGGAGAGAGAGACAGAGCGAGAGAGGGAAAGAGAGAGAGGAGGGGAGGAGGAGGAGGAGGAGAGGGAGGGAGUUUGCAGCGACACCGAAGUGCGCUAUCAGCUGCUGAAGGCUGGACAGACGAGCAGUGUGGGCACUCUUGAUAGAGGCUGGGGGGGAGACAGAGAGGGUGGAGGGGGCGAGGCGGAGGACUCCCUCGUCGUUGGUCGGCGGUGACGGCCGUACAGAUGGGCGCGACUCUCCUCAGCUGAGCCGGACGCAGAUUCAGCAGCAGCGGCCGCCACAUCCAGAGCCGAGCGCAGCUGGACAGACCGCAUCCUGCGAAUGACACUCGGCUAUCACUGGCACCAUGCUGCCCCGAAACCUGCGAACAGGUGGCUAUGACCUGCCGGGGGUGGAGUCGAGCGAAGUGCCUCUCAUUGGCUACCGACCUUUACCACCUGACAGUGGAACCCAGAGCAACCAAUCAGGAAGGAGGGGCGUCGGCGAUGAAGUUGAAGCUCCACAGGCAGAGCCCUCACCGAUGAAGACCACCUGGUACUGUCCUCUGGAUCUGUCCACUGUGGUGGAGGAGGAGGAGGAUGGGGUGAUCUACACAGUUGUGGUCAAACAGCAGCAUGGUGCCCCCAACAGUCCCAUGUCAGCCGUUUCUCGCUCGCAGUGUGUAAAAGCGGGGACAGAAGAGAAGCUGGUGCUCCACCUCCUCCACUCAUUUUCUAUGGGAGACUCCUCCUUCAUCACCAUCUUCCUCUCCACCUAUCGAUCCUUCACCUCCACGGAAAGAGUGCUGGACAUCCUCACCGACAGACUGGAGCAUCCACCCGGGAACAGCGAGAAAAGUCAGAUGAGACAAUCUUUCAACAAAGCGGUGUGUACGGUGUUCAGCACAUGGCUGUCAGAGUAUCCUGAAGACUUUAAGAGUCUGGUGGAGCCCUCUCGCCUGCUAAGGCUGGCUCCCCUCCUCCCACAGGACUCCUCCUCUGCAGCCGACCUCCGAGCUCGCCUCCUCAGGAUCGCAGAGGAGCUCAGCGAGAAAGCCCUGCUCCCUGACGCCCAGAGAGAUCACACCAGUGUGUCCAGUCCUCCUCCUGAUCCCUCCAAGUUUGAACCCACCAGCAUCCUGGGAUUCCCUGGGGCGCUCAUCGCCGAGCAGCUCACCAAAAUAGAGACCGAGCUUUUCGUCCGUCUGGUCCCGUACCACUGUCUCGGCUCCCUGUGGUCUCAGAGGGACAAGAAGGGGAGGGAAGGAGUUUGUUGGUCCGUCCGGGCCACCGUACGUCAGUUCAACAAGUUGGCCAAUGCAGUUUUAGCAUCGUGCCUUUGUCCGACGACGCUGCGUAGCCAGCAGAGGGCCCGACUGCUGGAGAAAUGGAUCAGCGUGGCAGAGGAGUGCCGAGCCAGAAAGAACUUCUCCUCGCUGUAUGCCAUCAUAUCUGCCCUGCAGAGUAACCCCAUCCACCGGCUGAGGAAGACGUGGCAGGACACUGACCGAGAAGCGUUGAGGAGAUACGAGGAACUGUCAGAAAUAUUCUCAGACAAGGACAACUACUCACAGAGCAGAGAACUCCUGAAGGAGGAGGGCACAUCAAAGUUCGCCAACCUGGACAACAGGCUGAACAACAGACACCUUAACAGGUCCAAUGCCCAGGGCACUGUGCCCUACCUGGGUAUCUUCCUCACAGACCUCACCAUGCUGGACACGGCGGUCAAAGACAGGCUGGAUAAUGGCUACAUCAACUUUGACAAAAGGAGAAGGGAAUUUGAGGUUUUAGCUCAAAUCCGCCUCCUGCAGUCUUCCUGCAAAAACUGUGUUUUCAACACUGAUGAGGGCUUCAUACAGUGGUAUCACAGUGUCCCAACACUAACAGGGGAAGAAAGUUACAGACUGUCCAAUGAAAUCGAAGCACCCGGAGAGCCGAGCCCUCGUGGCCUUACCCCAACAGUCAUCAUCACACAGUGCCCAGAUCUGAGUACCUCCCGGACCAGCCUGGCAGGUGACAGCGACAGCCUCUUUGACUUCCAAUCUCCGGUCAACAACCUGCUCUCAAAACUCACAAAGCACAUGAGAUCUCCAUCUGUGUCCUGUCUGGAUGUCGACACGUCUCCUCCCACCAACGACUCCACCUCCGCCACGCUGACUCCCACCACUCCCACAAAGUCGCACCGCCGCUCGGCCUCCUGCGGCAACAACCCCACCAGUAACACGCAAGGGUCAGGGCCCGACAUGCGGAUCAUCAGGAUACGGAUGGACCUGCACGAUGGGAACCUGUAUCGCAGCAUACUGGUUACAAGCAAUGACAAGACCCCCACUGUGAUCAGCUCUGCCUUAGAAAAGCACAAUCAGGACCCCAAACAGGUGUCCAGAUAUGAGCUGAUCCAACUUCUGCCUGAAGGAAAAGAACUGGUCAUCCCUGCGACAGGAAACGUCUUCUACGCCAUGACGUCAUCCAGUGUUGACUUCCUGCUGAGGAGGAAAGGCGGGAACUCUCCCUUUGGCUCGCAGCCGAUCAGCACAGAGACGAGUGCAACUUUUCCUCGAAUCAAGGCCAAGGGGAGGAGACUGGUCAGGACUCUGUUUUGACAUCAGCUCUAACCGCUGUGACAGAUUUGUUUUUUUCACAGUUCCAACAUGAACAAUAAAUGUGGCCUUCUCUGUGCAAAACAAAAAUCUACACAUGCCUUUCUCUCCUGUGCUCCUACCAAGUUCGUUCUACUGAAACACAAAAAACAAGCCUGCCUGCGUUUUAAUCAACGGCUCCAUACAGCAAGGCGUGGCAGACACUUCAGACCUCCGGCUCCUGUGUUCACCAUCUGCUGCUGAAGAUCAGCGUUGGUGCUCUUCUUUCCCAACAGUAUGCAUUACUAAUUCUAACCCGGAGGAAGAGCAAUGGAAGCCUUAAACUGAGUGCUUUCGGUGCUGGCUCUCGAGUCCCUGUCAGGUAGCACUUGAUGCUUUUUUUCCCAACUCAACAAAGAAGAUCUGUUUUAAUUACCGAAAACACCAAGAAAUUCCUUGUUGCUGUGUGCCUCAGCUGUGACUGACAUUUCCAAACGUAAAAAAGAAGAUUCAUUUAGUCAGAACGUGCUUCUGCGAUCACACCUGAGAUGCCGUCGAAGGAUUUAGGACUGCGAAUGCACAGAGCCUGUCAGACCUGGAUGUCAGGAGUAGAGGGUAAAAGAUGGUAAAAGUGCAUCAUUGUAGCAAAACACUGGAGAAAUAUAUAUGUUUUGUAUAUAUUUAUAUAUUUUGUACAUCUGUAUGAUGUCAGCAUUGUGUUUACACUGGCAAGGAGCUCGAGGUCCAUGUGUGAUAAUUGAUACAUCAAGAAAUAUCCAUCAAAUACCUGCACAACUUCCACUUUAAACAGGCCAGCGCAUGUGCACAGACAUUUUAGCUUUGACUCAGGCAGAAAUUCAUUUCAGCACAAACUUAAAGCUGCAUUAAUCAAUAUUUUAUAUCAAACGGGCAUCACAUGUCUAUUUGUAUUUCCUGAUUCCCAAGCUAAAAUGUUUCUAAAAGCUUUCAACAUUUUUCAAGGUUAAUAUUAAUAACAUUCUCCUAAGACAUUCUAAAAACGCUUAAUAACACUGUUAGACCAUUUUACCUGAAGAUUCUUUAAAUAUUUUCCAAAUGUUGCAUCGAAAAUGUUCUUGCUUUAUCAUGUAACACAAUCUGUGACACCUCUGUAUGCUGCAGGUAAAAUGUUAUGUUUUAGUUAACUAUGAAGCUGAUGGGAACAGUAUUUAAUAUUAUCCUUACAAUGUUCCCUGAACAUUUGAUUAAAAUGGUUUCUUUAUAACUUUAUUAGAACUUUUAGGUAAUGUUAGCCACUGUUGUAAAAUAUUCCCUGCUAGGUGGGUCUGUAGCUUUUGGUUUAUUGGUCUGAAAAUAGAAUUUCUCAACACUUUGUUCAACACCAGUGUAAACUUACACAGCAGCAGGUGGAAGAUAGAAGCUCCUCGCCGGAGCUGCUACGGACCAAAUUUAAACUGAAAAUGAAAGCAGUAUGUUCUAAUUUUAAUUUCUAAAUAAAUGUGUACACUGGUCAGCCACAGCAUCAAGACCACUAACAGAUGAUAUACAAACAAAUAUAUAUAAAUAACACUGAUCAUUUCAACUAGACUCAACUAAAUCUUCUCAUUGCACUCCACCACACUGCACAAACUGCCCAGAAACAGCUCGAGGAACAUGACAAAGAGCCCAAGCUAUUGGCCCAGCUUCCAAACUCUUUAGAUCCCAAUCAGAGUAAACAUCCAUGAUAUGCACCACAGCAAGCCUGAUCCAUGGAGGCUUCACACCACAACCCUCAGGAUCCGCUGCCGGUGUCUUGGUACCACCUGGACACCACCAGAGGACCCGACGCCAUGCUCCAACAAGUCAGAGCUGUUGUAGUAGCAUGAGGAUAACCUACACAAUAAUAGACCGGUGUUUUUAAUGUUGUGGCUGUUCUGUGUCCGUUCCUCAAUUUUAGGCCAAUGAAAUGUCCCUUUGUAGUUUCUCUUGAACCUAGUGAACUAAAAUGUGAUUAUUGCAGCUUUAAACAAUUUUGAACACUCUCAAAAUGAAUGGCUUUGCUUUAUUUUAUUACUGCUGAACCAAAAAAAAAUGCAAGAAAACAAAAAAGAAAGAAAAAUACACCACUUUUUUUAUUAGGUUUUUAAGGUCUUGUUAAUUUAUGCAGACUUUCAGGCGGCCCAGCUGUUUACACAGAGUGCAAAUCCUCAGUUCCAACUUCAAGUUUUAAAUUAACACGUGCAACUUCUUUGGUUUAGGUUUCAAAACAUACAACCUCUUUGAAAUAAGCCUUGUCACAGCUGUGUCUCACACUCCCUGCUCAGUGCUGGUGAGGCCGCUUUAACGGCCGAGGCACGAGCAAGAAAAAAAAAAAGAAGCUUGACUAGGGAGAGGAUUCUGGGUAAUAUUAGAUGACGUGUGCUAGCAUAAUGCUGUGCUACUGAUUGAUUUAGUGCCUUUCUCUACUGGGUGCUUACCUUUCUCAUGUCUGCAUUAGAAUGUAUACAUGGAGGAAAUGCAGCCACCUCCACUGCUGUGUAGAUUCACAUCAAAGUUAUUUAUGCACUACAUACAGGAUGUCCUAUUUUUGUGGUAAUAAAUUUACUUUUAUAUCAAUUCCAUUGCUUUUGGCUGGUGUGCUGUGACAUAUUCCACAUUCGAUACACACAUGCUGCUGAGUAACCUACACACAAAAAGAAAUUAAAGCAUUUCUACAUGUCAAAAUUCUGACAUUUCUAUUUUUCUCGUGAGAAGGUAAACACAGCAAGGUGAAGAAAUACUGUUUCAGUCUUUUUAUAUUCAGAUUCAAGACAGCCAGCAUCUUUAUCUUCAAGCAAAAUCAAAGUCAGAAUGAAUGCAUGCAUGUGGAAAUGUGACACACGUAUAAAACCUGAAGCACAAAACUAAAAAAAGAUGCCAUAAAAGCCCAUCAGAGGUGUGCAGACACUCAUACGGUUAAUAGCACAAACAUUCACCAAGUAUUAAAGCCUUCCUCACACUUGAA